AUGUCUGGAACAAACGUCACAUUCAUUGGCCUCGGCAACAUCGGCCGAGGCAUGAGCGCCAACAUCGCCUCAAAGGGCCCCCAAGCAAGCCUAACCCUCUACAACCGCACAACCUCCCGCGCAACCGCCCACGCUGCCACCCUAGGAGACAAAGUCAAGGUCGCCAGCACCCUCCCCGAAGCCGUCAAAGACGCCGACAUCAUCUUCACCUGCGUCGGUGACGACGCGGCCCUAGACGCCGUCACAGCCGGCGUCCUUUCCGACUCCACAAUCGACUUCUCCAACAAGACAAUCGUCGACUGCUCAACCGUGCACCCAGACACAUCGCGACGCACAGAAGCCGCCUACGAAGCACGAGGCGGCUCGUUUGUCGCGAGUCCCGUCUUCGGCGCGCCCAACAUGGCUGAUAUCGGAGCGCUGAUCAUCGUGCCGGCGGGUAAGCAGGCGGCCAUUGCGAAGGCUCGUCCAUUUUACGAGGGUGUCACGGCCGCGAAGACGAUUGAUUUGUCCUCCGGUACUGGAGCUGAUAUUGACGUUGGCCGCGCGACUACGAUGAAGGUUAUUGGAAACACCUUUAUUCUGAAUACGGUUGGUGUGCUUGCUGAGGCGUUGACUGCGGCUGAGACUACCGGGUUGGGUGUUGAGCCGUUGAAGGAGUGGCUUGAGUUGUUCGCGCCGGGCCCUUUUGCCAAGUAUGCCAACCGCAUGGUUUCGGGAGAUUAUUAUCAGCGUGACGAGCCUUUGUUCGCUGUUGAUCUUGCGCGCAAGGAUUUGAGACAUGCGGCUAGCUUGGCGAAGGAGGGUGGACAGCGCAUGAGGAAUGUCGAGGUUACUGACCAUCUGUUGGCUGUUGUUAAAGAGGAGAAGGGGGUUAAGGGAGAUAUCGCGGGUGUUUACGGAGCCGCGAGAAAGGAGGCCGGGUUGGAGUAUGAGAAUCAGAAGUAA